GCAAUUCACUCACUCACUCAUCUCCUCUGCGUUAGAGACGAAGAAGAAGAGCGAGAGAGAGAGAGAGAGAGCAGAGCGAAAAUGGUGUUGAAGGUGUACGGACCGCUCUUUGCUUCUCCGAAGCGAGUUCUGGUGACGCUCGUGGAGAAGGGAGUGCCCUUCGAGACAGUUCACGUCGAUCUCCCCACUGAAGAGCACAAGCAGCCUCCUUAUCUCGAGCUUCAGCCUUUUGGUCAAGUUCCCGUUGUCUUCGAUGGUGACUACAAAAUCUUCGAGUCGCGUGCGGUCAUGAGGUACGUAGCGGAGAAGUACAGGUCACAGGGACCUGAACUCCUGGGGAAGACACUGGAAGAGAGAGGACAAGUGGAGCAAUGGCUUGACGUGGAGGCCGUGAACUACCAUCCGCCAUUGUUGAACCUCACCAUGCACGUAAUGCUCGCCCCCGUGAUGGGUUUCACCCCGGACGAGAAGCUGAUCAAGGAGAGCGAGGAGAAGCUCGCUCAGGUCCUCGACGUCUACGAGGCCCACCUCUCCCAGAACAAGUACUUGGCCGGCGACUUCAUCAGCUUGGCCGACCUGGCCCACCUCCCGUUCACAGACUACCUCGUUGGUCCGAUCGGGAAGGCGUAUAUGAUCAAGGACAGGAAGCACGUGAGCGCGUGGUGGGAUGACAUCAGCAGCCGACCUUCGUGGAAGGAGGUUAUUGAGAAGUUCCGUCUACCUUUCUUGAACUGAGGGCAUGUUUGUCUGAAAAAUGUGUGUUUUGGCUUUGAAUAUGCCUUCUUACUUGUCUUGAGGGUUUGUGUGUUUUGAGGAAAUAAAACUGCCUCUGUACUUGUAAUGUUUCUGUGAGUUUCUUUCUUUC